AUGGCGGCGCGCCCUCUACGCUCUUUGCCGGUACAGCCUGCCAAGCCUGCCGCCGAGCCCUCUCCGUCCCGGCAGCGGUGGGGAACGAUAGAGGACAGCGCGCUGCGCGACCUGGUUCGCGUGUACGGCACAUCCUCGUGGACGAUGGUCGCUGCCUCGCUCCACGGGCGCUCGGGCAAGCAGUGCCGUGAGCGGUGGAACAACCACCUCGCCGAGACUGUCAACAAGGAGCCGUGGUCACCGGAGGAGGACGCAAAGAUAAUCUCGCUGCAGCGCAUGUACGGGAACCGGUGGGCUCAGAUCUCACGGCAGCUGCCGGGGCGAACCGACAACGCCAUAAAAAACCACUGGCACGCCACGCUA